UGAUAUAUUUUUGUGCUAACAAACCAGUUACUUUCUACGCAGAGCAUGCAUACAUACCAUGCCUAUUAAGUAUACAAUAUUGAUUAUUCAGUCUUUCUAUUUAAUUGACGUGACAGUAGUCAUUAAUUGAGCAUUAGACUAUGCAUUAUUCAUACUUGAUUUGAGCGCUUAGAGGGAGCACACAUUGAGCCCUUUCCUUUGUCUGAAAAACCAGUACUCCUCAGCAGAGCUUGGUGGCACCAAAGUCUGUAAGAACAACCCUAACCCUUUCUUCCUCCCCUCUCCUUUCGCUCCUCUGCUCCCCCCCUUUUGUGCAGCUCCCCACGUGUCCAAUACAUUAGCAAUCCAAAUCGGAGAAGGAGGACGGGCCUUAUCGUGGUGUCAGAUUUCAUUCGGAGAGGUGCGGUGUCCUCUGAGCGUCCAGUCAACGUUGAAUUGGAUGCUGGAGGGGACAACGAGCUGAAGUACCUGCUGUAGCAUAGAGGCUGUAUUGAGGACGGACGCUCCAGAGGAUUGAAGAGCCGCUAGUUUAUGCCGGGCAGCAGGCAAUCUAACACGGGGCGCACUCGCUCACCUGACGGGGGAAAGCCAAGGAAUUACAGCCCUGUGUUGGAAGAAUAGGCUGCAAAGUGAUUAUUAUAAAGGAAUAUUCUAUGUUCACUGGUACCAUGGAUUUCGCGUAGAUCUAGCACAGUUUCUUCAUUUCACUCCUUGAGCGGUUUUUCCAUCUAAAUUCUACACGACACUUAGAGGAAUACAGCUGCAUUCAAAAUACGAUUUUUUUGGAACAACGGGUGCGCAUCGACACAGCAGCGGGGCUGGAUCAGAUGAAUGUGUGAAAAACAUUGGCCACAAUGACGAUAUCCAGAGGCUCAGAGGCGAACGCUCACGGUCCGUUUGAGAGACGCGGGACGUCGUGGAGAUGGACGGCGCUGCUGCUGCUGCACGUGGGCCUGGAGGUGAUAGGCGUGCUCUCUUCCGUGGCCCUUGGAGCACAGGAGGGAACGCUGGGACUGAAGCUGGACGAGGAGCAGCCAGCGGGGACUAUCGUGGGAGACAUCAGCGCAGGCCUGCCGCCGGGCAUCACGGCGUCGCUCUACUUCAUCUCCGAUCACGACGAUAAGGGUGUGGGGAAUGACCUCCUCAUCGACGAAACCACAGGCAUCAUUAAGACGGCGCGGCGUCUAGACCGGGAGGAGCGGGACCACUACAGCUUCACGGCAGUCACCAUGACAGGCGUCACGGUGCAGGUGUCCAUCACGGUGAAUGACAUCAAUGACCACUCGCCCUCGUUUCCCAAGAGCAAGGCCUUGCUGAAGAUCCCCGAACACACGGCAGUGGGGACACGCUUCUCUCUGGACCCGGCGACCGAUGCCGACGAAGACCAGUUCACCACCCAGGGUUACGUGAUCAAAGAUGGCAAUGUGGGGCAGGUGUUUCGACUUGAAACUAAGAGAUCUGCCAACACAAUCCUUUACCUGGACCUGGUGGUCAAUGGUGUUCUGGACAGGGAAAAAAGAUCAUCGUAUUCUCUUGUCCUCGAGGCCUUUGAUGGGGGCAAUCCAAAGAGGACAGGCCAGAUGACCUUAGAUGUGACGGUGCAGGAUGUCAACGACCACGCACCAGUGUUCAACCAGAGCCGUUACCACGCCAUCAUCUCUGAGAGCCUCCCACAAGGCAGUAACAUACUACAGGUCUUUGCCUCAGAUGCCGACGAGGGGGACAAUGGCCUUGUGCUCUACGAAAUCAACCGGCGACAGAGCGACCCAGACCGCUACUUUGUAGUUGACCCUCGGUCCGGGAUUAUCACCCUCAACAAACCGCUAGACUAUGAAGUGCGCAAGGUGCACGAGCUGGUGGUUCAGGCUCGGGACAAUGCCAGUCACCCCGAGAUCACCAACGCCUUUGUCACCAUCCACGUCCGAGACUACAACGACAACCAGCCCACCAUGACCAUCAUCUUCCUCAGCGAGGAUGGCUCCCCCCGCAUCUCCGAAGGUGCCCAGCCUGGCCAAUAUGUCGCCCGAAUCUCAGUCUCCGACCCCGACUAUGGAGAGUACUCCAACGUCAAUGUCUCCCUGGAGGGUGGAGAUGGCAAGUUUGCCCUCAAAACGAAGGACAGUAUUAUUUACCUAAUCUAUGUGGACCAGGCACUGGACCGUGAGACUCGUGACACUUACGAGCUCCGAGUUCUGGCCACUGAUUCGGGAACCCCUCCGCUGAGGGCCGAGUCCUCCUUUACUAUCCAAGUCAUGGACAUCAACGACAACCCUCCUCUCUUCGACCAGCAGGCCUACAAGCAGACCAUCCCGGAGGUGGUGUACCCCGGCAGCUUUGUCCUGCAGGUCACCGCCCGUGAUAAAGACACUGGCCCCAACGGCGAGGUCCGCUACAGCCUCCUACCAGACGCGGGCGCCCACUCCGACUGGUUCUCCAUCGACCCUGUGACGGGCAUCAUCACCACGGUGCUCCAGCUGGAUUACGAGAGCAACCCCAAACCGAGGGUGACAGUGGUGGCCACAGAUGCCGGCAGGCCGCCCCUCUCCUCAACGGCCGUGGUCGAGAUCAGCUUGCAGGAUAUAAACGACAACACACCGGUGUUCAGCAACAGCCACUACAACGUGUCCAUCAAGGAGAACACGGCACCGGGGACCUGCUUCCUCGAGGUCACGGCCACCGACGGAGAUCGAGGGUCAUUCGGUGCCAUCGCGUACUCGAUCGGGUCGGGAGUGGGCAGCACCGUGCCGAGCCAGUUCACCAUCCAUAAGGAGACGGGUCAGAUCUGCACCGGCGAGAGCGUGGACCGGGACGAGGGAGCAGACAGCUAUGACUUCACCGUCACCGCAGUGGACGGGGGUGGUCUGAGUUCAGUUGCCCACGUGAGGGUGGCACUGGAGGACAUCAACGACAACAGGCCCACCUUCUACCCCCUGCAGUACGCGGUCAGCCUGAGCACCCAGAGUGCCCCAGGCACCUCAGUCAUCAAGGUAACGGCCAGUGACCCUGAUGCUGGAGAGAACGGGAGGGUGACCUAUCGCACUGUACCAGGCGGAGGCUCGGGAUUCUUCACUCUCAACAAAGACACAGGUGUGAUUUCUUUGUCACGCUCUCUCCACGGCAAAGCCAACACCGUCAUCUCCAUGGUGAUCUCCGGGAAGGACGGUGGUGGGCUCACGGCGCCAGUCAAUGCCAGGGUCAACAUCAGCGUGGUGGAGGGCUCGGUGGCGCCCCCUGUGUUUGAGCAGGCUCAGUACUUCUUCACGGUGUCGGAGGACGUGCUCCGCGGGACCGAGGUCGGCGUGGUGCACGCCAGCAGUAGGACCGGUGUUUCUAAAGAUAUUUUCUACACAAUCUCUGCCGGCGACCCUGACGGCUACUUUACGGUGGACUCUGAGACAGGCGCCCUGAGGACCAGCCUCCCCCUAGACCACGAGGCCUGCUCCUCCCUCAACCUGGAGGUGCAGGCGCACACUGGCUCCCCGCCUGCCUUCGGCCACGCGCGGGUGCGCAUUACCAUCGCCGACGUCAAUGACAACCCGCCCGCCUUCCUCCCCUCCUCCUCCGAAUCUCUACUCCUUCCCGAGGCCACCAAGAUGGGCACGGUGGUGUACCGUGUCCAGGCCGAGGACCGCGACUCGGGCCCCAACGGCCAGCUGAGCUUCGACCUGGUGUCCGCCGGCGGCCAGCGCACGUUUGGCGUGGAGAGGAGCAGCGGCGACGUGCGCCUCAUCGGCGCCCUGUCGUACGAGAGCGCCCCGCGCUACGACCUGCAGGUGGUGGCCAAGGACAGCGGCGCCCCGCAACUGAGCGCCACCUUCACCCUGGUGGUGCACGUGCAGGCGGAGAAUGACCAGGGCCCCGUGUUCGACACACUCAACUACCGCGUGGAGCUGAAGGAGGGCACGGCGCUCAACACCCGCGUCCUCCAGGUGCGUGCCCGACACAGGGACGGUGGCAGCAAUGGAGCAGCGGCCUCAGGAGGCUCGGCAACAUCAGCCCCGCUGUCCUAUCACCUGCAACCAGAUGGCGACUCGGCCGGCUUUGGCAUCCUGCCCGACAGCGGCUGGCUGUUUGUGAAGAGUGCUCUGGACCGUGAGGCGAAGGACAUCUACCUGCUCACCGUGCUGGCCACCUCCGGCAGUGGGCACCUGAAGAAAACGGGCAGCGCCACUGUGAGGGUGUCGGUCACCGAUGAGAACGACAACUCCCCCAGGCUCUCCCAAGAACGCGUCUUCCUAGCCGUGCGAGAGAACCUUCCGGAAGGGACGGGCUUUGGGAGAGUCGCCGCCACGGACCGCGAUGCUGGCCUCAACAGCCGUCUGACCUACCGCCUCCUCCACAGCGACAGGCAUUUCCAGAUCAACUCCCAGACAGGAGAGAUCAGUACUCGUACAGAGCUGGAUCGAGAGCAUCAGUCCAGCUACCAGGUAGUGGUGGUAGUGCAAGAUGGUGGCACCCCACCACGCAGCGCUACCGGCACAGCCCACAUCACAGUUUUGGAUGACAACGAUAACGCCCCAGCGUUUUCCCACACACAGCCUGGCAAAGAGACAUUAAUUCAGGUUACGGAAGGUGUCCCACCUGGUACUCUACUCGGAACCAUUCAAGCCAAGGAUCUUGAUGAGGGGGAGAAUGGCACCAUAUUCUACUCCCUUUCAGGUGUGAGAGCUGAGCGUUUUUCUCUGAACCCGAACACGGGGGAGCUGCGCUCAGCCUCCCCUCUCAGGUCCUCGGAGAAAGCAGAGUACACGCUCACUGUGUCUGCCUCUGACCGUGGAUCACCUCCUAUGAGCUCCAGCAACACGCUACGCAUACAGGUUCAGAGUUCUGUCAGGGCUUCUCCCAAACCCAACACUCUGUCUAUGACAAUAAACUCUGUCGAGGGGGCCAAACCUGGCACUGUCAUUGGCUCGGUGAGAUCACAUGACCAGCGGGACAUUUCGCUUGACGGACAGGUAACUUACGUGGUGGUGGGCGGCAGCGAUGAGGACGGCACGUUCAUGUUGGACCGUCUCACGGGGGAACUCUAUCUGGCUCGCGAACUGGAUUACGAGAAGGGAGCGCAAUACACCCUUCAGAUUGAAGUUGACGACUUCUCCAUGGCCUACCCUAGCACCCACAUGGUGCAGCUGAACAUUAAUGUUCAGGACAGCAAUAACCAUGCACCCCACUUCCCCGAGGACCCCGUCACCAUCGUCAUCCCCGAGAACACCCCGUCCGGCUCUUCCAUUUACACCUUCCAGGCCACCGACCGCGAUGGCAGCGGCCCCAACAGCGAAGUGCGCUACUCCAUCGAAAAGUGCUGGCCCGACAACCCCGACCUCCUGAGCCUCGAUCCCAUCACUGGGGUGCUCACCCUGGGCCAGGAGCUGGACCACGAGGCCACCUCCUCUCUCUUCCUGGUGGUACGGGCCACGGACUCCUGCCUGGACCCCAGCCAGAGGCUGUGGGGAGCGGUGACGGCACGCAUCUACGUGACGGACGAAAACGACAACGCGCCUGUCUUCAGCUCGCCCACCGCUGUGAGUGUCAUGGAGGACCAGCCGGUGGGUUUCGUGGUGCUGUACGUUAUGGCCCGUGACGCAGACCAGGGGGAGAACGGACGCGUGUCCUACCGGAUCCAGACCGGCAACACCGCUGGCAGAUUUAGCCUCAACCCCAACACUGGUUCACUCUCCAUUCUCAAGGCCCUGGAUCGGGAGGAGCAGGACACCUUUAACCUGACCAUCGUCGCAGAAGAUCACGGAACUCCCCAGCACUCCACCACACAGGUGCUCUCGGUCCAGGUGAUCGACGUGAACGACGAGGCUCCGCGGUUCGAGAAGAGCCGGUUUGAGGCACUGAUCCAGGAGAACGAGGAGCCAGGAAGCACCGUCCUCACCGUGUCCGCCACCGACCGCGACCAAGGGCCAAAUGGACAUGUAACUUAUGGGGGACUGUCUGAAGAAGGGUUCGCCAUAGACCCAGUGACAGGAGUCAUCACAGUCACCAAAGCCCUGGACAGAGAACUGCAGGACCACUACACUCUGACAGUCUACGCCAAGGACGGUGGCAUGCCGCCAAACUUUGCCACGGCCACGGUGCACAUCUCGGUGCUGGAUGAGAAUGACAACGCCCCAGUGUUUGGACGGCCCCAGUACAGCCUGGAGGUGCCAGAGAACCAGGCACCCGUGGAGCUGUGCGUCCUCCGGGCCACGGACCAGGACUCAGGGGAGGCAGGAGCGCUGGAGUACAGGAUCAUAGCUGGCGAUCCUGACAGAGACUUCCAGCUGGACAGCACCUCCGGAGCAUUGUCCUCUUCUCGGGGCCUGGACCGCGAGACCCGGGCCAGCUACACUCUGGAGGUGGCGGCCCAGGACCGUGGCACGCCUCCUCUCAGCAGCGUGGCCCAAGUGCAGAUCUUCGUCCUGGACGUCAACGACAACAGCCCAGUGUUCCAGAGGGCCAGCUACACGGUGGACAUCCCUGAGGACACAGCUACGGGGACCCUGGUGCUGGAGGUCUCUGCCUCAGACGCGGACGACGACAGCAACGGGAAAAUCAUGUACUUCCUGAGCCACGAGGCUGGCGGGGCGUUCGCUAUUGACCCGGACUCGGGCCACAUCACCACGGCGAUGCCUCUGGACCGCGAGCGUCGUAACUCAUACAGCUUCCAGGUGGUCGCUGUCGACUGCUCACCAGCCGCGCCGCGCAACGCCACAGCCCAGGUGACCGUCACCAUUCAGGACAUCAACGAUAAUGCGCCAUUCUUCAUCCAGGAUCCGCUCAUCAUCAACGUGUCCAGCGGGAGCGUGGCCACACAUCAGGUGGUGGCCUCUAUGCGUGCGGAGGACAAGGACUUCGGGGCCAACGGCUCUGUGUUCUACCGCUUUGCCAGUCCGGUGAGGGGCUUCACCAUCAACUCGCUGACAGGGGAGAUCCGGGCCUCGGAGGCCCUCCACACCCUCACGCAGACCCAGCGCACCCUCAUCGUGGAGGCUAUGGACCAGGGCAGCCCGUCCCAGUCCUCCCUGGGCGUGGUGAUCAUAUACGUGAGGGAGCAGGACUACAGUGGCGUCCGCUUCUCCCGCGCGGCUAGAGACGUGAGCCUGCAGGAGAAUGCCGCCAAAGGCACAGCAGUGGCUCAGGCCCAGGCUCACUUCCCAGACGGCUCCCGCAAAGGCAUCAGCUACAGCAUCUUCAGUGGAAACAGACAGCAGUCUUUCAGCAUCAGUGCAAACACUGGUGAGAUCUGGGUUCAGAGUUCCAAUGGUUUGGACUUUGAGGACACCCCUAGACUCCGCCUAGUGGUGAAGGCUGAGACUACGUCCUCCAUCUCCUUCAUGGCGAUGAACCUCAUUCUGCAGGACAUCAAUGACAACUUCCCGCGCUUCCAGCUGCAGAACUACGUCGCCUACAUGCGUGAGGCGCAGGGCUACGACGCCCCCAUUAUUCAGGUCUUGGCUGAGGAUGUGGACCAGGGGCAGAAUGGUCAGGUGACCUAUUCUAUCCAGUCUUCUAGCAUGAGCGGCCUUUUCAAGAUCGACCCUGUGACAGGCAGCAUAACCACGGCGGCCAUCAUGGAUCGUGAGAUCUGGACCCAGACCAAGCUUGUUGUUACAGCGACCGACCGGGGCAGCCCGAGGUUGGUCGGCACUGCCGUCCUCACUGUGAUCAUCGUUGACCUCAAUGACAACAGCCCCACGAUCCCUCUACCUUUGGAAGUGCGCGUGCCAGAGAACUCCUUAAUCGGCACGGAGAUCACCCUGGUGACAGGAAACGACGUCGACUCUGGCCCCGCCCUGUCAUACACCCUCCAGCUGGAUGCCCCCUCGCAGGGGAAGUUCGGAAUCCACCGCUACAAUGGCCGAGUGUCCCUGACCGCUCCCCUCGACUUCGAGGAGAGGACCUGGUACACACUGACCAUCCAAGCCUCGGACUCCAAACACAAGAGCGAAGCCAACCUCACCAUCCUGGUGGAGGAUGUGAACGAUAACGUACCCACGUUCAGUCAGGAUCUUUACCAGGUAACCUUGCCAGAGCAUUCUCCACCUGGAAGUCCUAUCGUCACGGUAACGGCCACUGACCGAGACUCUGGUGAAAAUGGAAAGGUCACUUACAGAGUGAUGUCAUCUUCAAGAGAUGGCUUUUAUGUCGACCCUAACAAUGGCACACUGUUCAUCAACCAGAAAGCAGAGUUUGACCCCGAGCGACCCUCUGUGAAUGUUGUCAUUGAGGCUUGUGACGGAGGGACCCCAGCCCUGUCUUCCAUCACCACGGUACAGGUUCAGCUAACAGACGUCAAUGACAACGCCCCCAUGUUCCACCAGUCUGAAUAUCGCGCAACCGUGCCUGAAGACCAGCUACCCGGAGCCACCAUCUUAACUCUCGAGGCGGUGGAUGGAGACAUGUCACAGGAAAAUUCUGGCUUCGACUUUGACAUUGCCAGUGGCAACUCUGGGAACACCUUUCAGAUUGAGAGCAGCGUGCGUUUCAUAGAAGGGCACGGCUUCCAGACAGUGGGCACACUGAUACUCGCAGAGCCACUUGACUUUGAGACCACUCCACGUUACAACCUCACCAUCGUGGUGUCGGACCGUGGCGUGCCCCAGCGCAGUUCCAGCGUUCCCGCUGUGAUCACCGUCAACGAUGUCAACGACAACCCGCCCUUGUUCAGCCGUGCUGAGUAUGCGGUGGUGCUGAACGAGGGGGCCGGGUCUGGAACAGAGGUUCUGCGCUUGACCGCCACCGACCCAGACUCUGCCCCGAAUGCCGAGAUCCAGUACAGCAUCAGUUCGGGUGAUGAUAUGGAGCUGUUCUUUAUCGACCAGUGGACCGGAGCGCUAAGACUGCAGCAGCCUUUGGACCGAGAGAGCCGGUCCUCACAUGUGAUAAUCGUCCAGGCGUCAGAUGGCCAUGGUCAUUUUGCUUUGGCACCAGUCACCCUGGAAGUCAAGGACGUCAAUGACAACAGGCCGUAUUUCCCCAUCGAGACCAUAACCGCAAACAUCCGGGAAAAUCAACCACCUAAUUCACACGUCACUGUGCUGCAUGCUAUCGACUACGACACUGGCAUCUACGGGCAACUGAAAUACUUCAUGGUGGAUCGGUCUGGCUUGGGAAGGGACUCCUUUCAAGUCGACCAGAGCACUGGUGAAGUGAGGACUCGUACGACCUUCGACUUUGAGAAGGUCAACUCUUUCAAUUUUGUAGCAGUGGCAGUAGAUGCUGGGAAUAACUCAGCCACAGUCACCGUACAGGUAUACGUCACAGGCGUUGACGAGUAUGAUCCGACGUUCACGACCACUGACUUCUCCUUUGUCGUGCCUGAGGGAGCCAAGAAGGGCCAGAGUAUCGGGCAAGUACAGGCCAUGGAUGAAGAUGGCGGGGUGGAUGGCAUAGUGCUCUACUCCUUUCCUAAUCCCUCCCCUUACUUUGAUGUGAAUAAGACCACAGGGGUGGUCUUCCUCAAAAUGGACAGCUCGAGUAGUCACAGCAGCUCUGGACGUUCAAAGAGGGACACCCGUUUGAUGACCGUAGAUAUAACAGCGCACAGCCCCCUUGACACUUCUCGAGUCACCAUAGCUCAGAUUAGCAUCGAUGUCACAAACAGCAAUUUUGGCCUGGCACCAGACCUCAACAUCCUUUUAAUCUGCAUCAUUGCCGCCUCUCUAGGGGUCGUGGUCAUUCUAGUCAUCAUCGCCAUCGCUCUCUACGUUGUCAAGUCCAAGCGCAGGAAGAAAGCCCAGGACACAAGCAACAGGGCUGUGGCCUCAGGCGUGGCAUUGCAGAAGCUGGACGAAUCCAAAUCUGGGGAGAGGAUCUACCACCAAACCCUGCCCGGUUAUGGAGGUGAUCAGGGUGGGACAGGGGGAGCGCAAUACCCCCGCGGGGGCUCCCUGGACCCCUCCCACUCCAGUGGAAGAGGCUCAGCAGAGGCUGCCGAGGAUGAUGAAAUCCGGAUGAUCAAUGAAUACCCACGCGUGGCCAGCAUCACGUCUUCCAUGCAGGAGCACAUUUCCGCCCGAGGGCCCGACUCGGGCAUCCAGCAGGAUGCAGACCAGCUCUCCGACAUCUCCUGCGAGCCAGGAGCCCUGGAUGCCAGCCAGUGGUUUAAAGGGAAGAAACUGGGCAGUCUCAGUGGGACCCUGCUCUCUGGUCAGCUGCCCGUCUACAGGGAUGAGGGAGGAGGAUACCUGGGCGUGGGCAGGGGGUUAAAUAUCUCCCAUCCGAAGGACUACGCCUUCCCCGAGGAUGGGAAGCCCGCGGUGGACGGCUCUCUUACAGCCAUCGUGGCCAGUGAUGAGGAGUUACGGGGCAGCUACAACUGGGACUACCUCCUCAACUGGUGCCCACAGUUCCAGCCGCUAGCCAACGUCUUCACAGAGAUCGCCCGGCUCAAAGAUGAGACCAUACCGCCCAACAACCCGCGCCGGCCCUUCCAGCCCAAGGCCAAGACCGACCCGAAGCCCCGGAUAGAUCCGCCACCUCUCAUUACAUCCGUGGCUCACCCUGGUGCUAAGUCAGUGCCGCCCAAGCCGGCCAUCGGCCGGACAUUCCCGCACCUGACGUCGCUGAGGCGCUCUCCUAUCAGCCACGAGGGCUCCAUCUCCUCAGCCGCCAUGUCACCCAGUUUCUCCCCGUCACUAUCACCACUGGCCGCUCGUUCGCCAGCCGUGUCCCCGUUCGGGGUGACACAGGGCCCCUCGACCUCCAUGAUCAGCACCACGGAUCGCAGUGAGGACUCAGAGAUGAGGAUCUAAGACCUUACUCUGCUGCUACCGCUGCCACUGCUGCUGCCAAAGACUUUCCCUGAAAAGAACGGCACAUAGAGCAAACCCUAAUGUGUAAUUAGGGGCACUCACGGAAGACAUAAGGUGUCUGAAGUGAAUGAUAAAAAAGUGAGUUUGGAAGCAAAGAGAAUAGGGGGCUGUCUCCCCGCCUUGUCCACCCACAUUGUGACGUAGGUCUCUGAUAACUCUGAAGGGUUAUAAAGAUUUGAUACUGUUGCUGCUGUUCAAUGACGAUACCCUUUAUCAGACCAGCCUUAGUUUUGAUGUUGGAAGAUAUAUGUGCCCUUUAGCAUUGCCUCACUGGCUGGCCAGGGAGAUAAGUGUGUAGUGCUCUUUUGUCUGACUGUUAUUGGAUUUGGGCCUGAAAUCUAAGGUUACUGAGUCGGCCAAACCCUUUCUUCAAGGACACUUUGUACACUUGUACUGUUUAUGCACAUUUUGAAAGAAGAAUGGACUUUUCGUGUUUUGAUGUUCAUGAACAUAUCUAAUUGCUUUUGGUCUAUCUCAUUUAUUUUUUUAUGCAGCGUUCAUUUCCGGUGCCAUUACUUCCAAUGAAGAGGUUUUUUCAUUACAUUCUAUUUACGUAUAUGUAUAUUUGUAUGUAUGCUAGCAGCCAUAGUAUGUAUGAUGUAUUAAUGUAUAGUUUUUAGGAUUGCCGUAUGAUGUGUGUUUGUGAACCUUUGACAUCUGUGAUGUGAAUGAGUGAAAACUGUGCUUUGAUAAUUAUUUAUACUGAAAAUUGGGACUGUUGGGAAAGUUAGGAAACCAGAGUGCUGUAUUAUAUCCGAAAAUGUUUUUAUUGGUUAAAAAAAAUAUACAUCUUAGCAAGCCUUUUUGUAGAAAAGGUUAGACAUGUAGCCGUCUAGAGAAAUUCACAGAAUUGUGUGUGACAUUUACACGUUGCCAAUGAAACACACCUGGUCUCCAUGUUUCAUUACUGAUGGUUGGUUACAUUUUUUUUUUCAGACCAGAGAGAAUUGAUUAGUAUUGCCCUUGUGUUUUUUCUUUUCUUUUCGUAGCAGGGGCCAACCUCUCCCUCUAAUCACUCGUGUCUUUUAGUGUAACGCUCUCUGAACAAAAGGCCAGUGACACAUUCUAAUGCGAUGCCAAGGCAUUGUUAAAUGGUAUGGCAUGCAUUUGGUUGUGUCCUGUUCGAUUUGAGGCAGACAGUCACUGAUGUCUCAGUGGGUUUUAAUGAUUGUCCAAGUGCAAUCAGACAUGCAUGUUUGUAAGGACAUUUUGCAAGUAACUCAAGUGUUGAAAAGUAGCAGUCUGAUGUUGUUUUUGCUGUGUUUGUGCUUGUGCUCUGUUCUGGGCCAAUGCAAUGACAACAGCAAUCAAAUGUCCUCGAGUCGUCAGAGGAUAGUUUGGCUGCCUCUGGUGCGUGAAUAACAUCACCACUGCCUCAAGGAAAACUGGCUCCCAUUGGGUAGGAACUAAAGAUGCAGCGACAAACAUUUGGAUUUGGACAUUAGCAAAAAUACAUAUUUUUGUCCUGAAGAAUUGGACUGCAUUGGACUCCAUUUUGAGGCUUGAUCAAGACCGCCUUCCUCCUGAUACUUGGCAGCAGAAUGAUGGUAGAAAUAAUCUGUACAUAUAUUUAAAGGAAGUAAUAAAUUUCUACUGAUUUCUUUUGUCAAA